GAUGCGUUAGAGGAGCCUGAAGUGCCGGACUGGGAGGCCCAGGACGAGAAUAUGUUGGACACCGAAAUCCAACAAGCACAGGCUAUCGAGCCACAGCUGGAUCCAACAGCAUUGUCCGAACCACUGCCGGACCAUGAGACGGACAAAGCUCAGAAGGACCAACUCAAACAGAAAAAUGCUCAGUUGGACAAAGAACUCAAGCUGCAGCAGCUUAAGGUUCAGGAGUUGGAGCUGAUGAAGGAGCUGGGCUUA